AUGUCGCGAGGACAGCCACUGAUUACCUUAAGCGCCCGUGAUCUCAUUCAACAACCAACUAUCAUCAUGGGACCAGUUCGCACUUCAAGGCAGAAACGACGAGACGAUUCCUCGUCGUCAAAGCCGAGUACCUCAAAACAUAAAUUUCAGCGACAAGGAGAAGACUCCAGUUCCACCCCCGGAGUCCAGAAGAUAAAAGCUGCUCUGAGGCAGACCCGUCGUUUACUCGCGAAGGACAAACUAGCAGCCAAUGUUCGUGUUGAAACUGAGCGAAGGCUCAAAUCUCUGGAAGCCGAUUUAGCCCAGGCUGAGCUUGCAAGGAAGGAGCGCGCCCUACAUCUAAAAAAACAGAAAGUCACCCGAAAACUACUGCAGACCAAACGCAAGCUCUCUUCUGGCAAUUUUGGUGACGAUUCAAAAGAAGUGCUGGAGCGACGCCUUCAGGACCUACGGGUUGACCUGAACUACAUCUUGCAUUAUCCCAAAACAAAGAAAUAUGUUUCUUUGUUUCCGCCUGAAGUCAGACAAGGAGAGGCCGCUAUACCAUCUUCUGCUAGCACUGAGGCAGCGCGGGAGGAGUUACGGAGCUGGAUAAGGGAUUGCAUGUCAAACGGUGAAAUACCACCGGAUCCAGAGAUGAGCCUUGAAGAGAAGGGUACAACUAGGCACAAGCAACCAUCUGCGAAACCCACGAAAACGGAUCCAGCUCCCAAGUCCCAACGACGGGAACCAACGCCUGAGGAAGUUGAUCCAUUCUUCGGUGAGGAUGGAGACGAAGAGGAUGAUCAGUAA